AUGUCCAGUCAACAAGGAUGUAGCGAGGUUGACUGUCCAGGCGCACACGUACUUAGGUAUCGUCAUGAGCUAAGGUUCACAUGUAAACAGCAGCUCAUGUACUGUAGAUGUCCAGUCAACAAGGAUGUAGCGAGGUUGACUGUCCAGUCAAGACCACCAGCAACACACCUGGAGCUUGGCAUUCAAACACCAAUUAACAAAGGACAAAGCGUCAAAAUUUUUUUUCCUGAACAUUCAAUAGAGGCAAAACAAGAUUCUGGAGAUGAAGCUAUCACAGACAUUUCAGAUUUGCUGAAGUAUAUUAUCCCUGUUAAACUAAACGCUACUCGGAUAGGACCUGCACUAGCAACAAAUGACUUCACUACAGACGUUGAUACUCACGAAAGUAAAGCUAAUAACUCUCUGAUAUUAGGUGUCAUUGCUGCAGUCAUACUGGUGGUUAUAAUUGCUGUAGCUGUGAUGAUGGUGAUCAGAAAACGCAGCAGUAACUCUGGAAGACCACAAAUGGAUCAAAAUCACGUGGACCUGUCAUUGCCCUUCUACUUAAAUCUCUUGUUUCGGAAAGAGUGCAAUGAGCAAAUUAAUUAUACUGAAGAAGAGCAUCAUUAUGAAGAAAUAUCCUAG